AUGGCAACGGAAGCUACAAAUGGAGCAGCUGCUGAGGUGCAGUCAGUGACGUUUACGGGGCUAAAACCGCAGGUGUUCGUGGAGGCUUCAAAGCAAUUAUUAUCAUCUUCUGUAAGUUUAGAAAAGGCACAGAUCUCCAUUCGAUCAGAAAUCUCGAUAAUGCUCUAUGUUUCGUCUUCCGGUCUUCGUUUGUCGUUAACACUUUUAUCAUUCGUCGUUAUGAGUACGGGGCUGGUGUUCUGCUUGGAGACGGAGGACAUUGAAGCCGCUGUAGACAAGGCGGUGAAGGCUGGUGCGGAAGGUGACAUGACCGAGGGUGAAGGCGCGUGGUUUGGUGGGCGAGUGGGCAAAGUCAAGGACCCCUACGGUAUAGUCUGGCUCAUCUGCGCUCCUGCUAAAAAGUGUGACGUGGAAGCUUAG